AUGGACUCCAAAGCUGAAAACACACAUGUGUGGCCCACAUCUGCAGAACAUGAACAGAACACUGCACAGGUACACUUUGUUCCGGACACUGGAACUGUGGCUCAGAUUGUCUACACCGAUGACCAGGGUCGUCCACCCCAGCAGGUGGUGUACACAGCAGAUGGUACCUCCUACACUUCUGUCGAUGGUCCGGAGCACACACUGGUUUACAUCCACCCUGUGGAAGCUGCACAGACUCUGUUUACAGACCCAGGCCAGGUCACUUAUGUCCAACAGGAUACCACAGCUCAGCAGGCUUCAUUACCAGUACAUAACCAGGUGUUACCUUCAAUUGAGAGUGUGGACGGUUCAGAUCCUUUAGCUACUCUACAGAAUCCCAUUGAAAGAUUGGAGGCAAAAGAGGAAGAAGAUGAGGAUGAGGAUGAAGAUACUGAAGAAGAUGAGGAGGAUGAUGGUGAAGACACAGACUUGGAUGACUGGGAACCAGAUCCACCUCGACCCUUUGACCCUCAUGACUUAUGGUGUGAAGAGUGUAAUAAUGCACAUUCAUCAGUAUGCCCAAAGCAUGGCCCCUUGCAUCCGAUCCCCAAUCGGCCUGUGCUUACAAGAGCCAGAGCCAGUCUCCCCUUGGUUCUCUACAUAGACAGGUUCCUGGGAGGAGUCUUCUCCAAGAGGCGCAUUCCCAAGCGCACCCAGUUUGGCCCUGUGGAGGGACCCCUUGUCAGGGAGUCUGAGCUGAAAGACUGUUAUAUUCAUCUAAAGGUUUCUCUUGAUAAAGGGGACAGAAAAGACAGGGAUUUGCAUGAAGACCUAUGGUUUGAGUUGUCUGAUGAGACUCUUUGUAACUGGAUGAUGUUUGUGCGUCCAGCCCAAAACCACCUGGAGCAGAACCUGGUGGCUUACCAAUAUGGCCACCAUGUGUAUUACACAACAAUAAAGAAUGUAGAGCCCAAGCAGGAACUUAAGGUGUGGUAUGCUGCAUCCUAUGCUGAGUUUGUGAACCAGAAAAUUCAUGACAUUUCUGAAGAAGAAAGGAAAGUUCUUCGAGAGCAAGAGAAAAAUUGGCCCUGCUAUGAAUGUAACCGCCGGUUUAUAAGCUCGGAGCAGUUGCAACAGCACCUCAAUUCGCAUGAUGAGAAACUGGAUGUGUUUAGCAGAACAAGAGGCAGAGGAAGGGGACGAGCCAAGAGGCGAUUUGGCCCAGGUCGACGGCCAGGGCGCCCUCCAAAAUUUAUCCGCUUGGAAAUAACGAGUGAAAAUGGAGAAAAAUGUGAUGAUGGGACACAGGACUUGCUACAUUUUUCCAGCAAGGAGCAGUUUGAUGAGAGUGAACCAGCUGCACUGAAUGGGUUGGAUCAACCAGAACAGACCGCUAUCCCAGUCCCUCAGCUGCCACAGGAAACCCAGGAAUCUUUGGAACAUGAACCCGAAACACACACCCUGCACCUGCAGCCACAGCAUGAAGAGAGUGUAGUGCCCACCCACAGCUCUCUGACAGCAGAUGAUAUGCGUAGAGCCAAACGUAUCCGAUUGGAGCUGCAGAAUGCAGCUCUUCAGCAUCUGUUUAUUCGGAAAUCCUUCCGGCCUUUUAAAUGCUUGCAGUGUGGGAAGGCCUUCCGUGAAAAGGACAAGCUGGACCAACACUUGCGCUUCCAUGGGCGGGAGGGGAACUGCCCUUUGACCUGUGAUCUCUGUAACAAGGGCUUCAUCAGCAGCACAUCUUUGGAGAGCCACAUGAAGCUCCAUUCCGACCAGAAGACUUACUCUUGCAUUUUUUGUCCGGAAUCCUUUGACCGCCUUGAUUUGUUGAAAGAUCAUGUGGCCAUUCAUAUCAAUGAUGGCUACUUCACCUGCCCGACUUGUAAAAAACGUUUCCCAGAUUUUAUCCAGGUGAAAAAACAUGUGCGCAGCUUCCAUUCAGAAAAGAUAUACCAAUGUACAGAGUGUGACAAGGCCUUCUGUCGUCCUGAUAAAUUGCGCCUUCACAUGCUUCGACACUCAGAUCGCAAAGAUUUUCUGUGUUCUACAUGUGGGAAGCAAUUUAAGCGAAAAGACAAACUGCGGGAACACAUGCAAAGGAUGCAUAAUCCUGAGAGGGAAGCCAAGAAAGCUGACCGCAUCAGCCGCUCCAAGACUUUCAAGCCACGCAUCACAUCCACAGAUUACGACAGCUUCACAUUCAAGUGCCGCCUGUGUAUGAUGGGCUUCCGGAGGCGAGGCAUGCUGGUAAAUCAUUUAUCAAAGAGGCACCCAGACAUGAAGAUAGAAGAGGUGCCAGAGUUAACUCUACCUAUCAUAAAGCCCAACCGUGAUUACUUUUGUCAGUAUUGUGAUAAGGUUUAUAAAAGUGCCAGCAAGCGUAAAGCACAUAUUCUGAAGAACCACCCAGGCGCUGAGCUCCCACCAAGCAUUCGGAAACUUCGUCCUGCUGGUCCUGGAGAACCUGACCCCAUGCUGAGUACUCACACCCAGCUCACUGGCACAAUAGCUACCCCUCCUGUCUGUUGUCCUCAUUGCUCCAAACAAUAUAGCAGCAAGACCAAGAUGGUACAGCAUAUUCGAAAGAAACAUCCAGAGUAUGCCCAGCUUCCUAACACUAUACAUGCGCCCUUGACCACAGCUGUGAUCAGUACUGCCCCCGCUGUCUUAACUACAGAUAGUGCCACUGGGGAGACUGUGGUGACAACCGACCUGCUAACCCAAGCAAUGACAGAACUGUCCCAGACCUUAACAACAGAUUACCGGACCCCACAAGGGGAUUACCAGAGAAUUCAGUAUAUCCCUGUGUCGCAGUCUACCUCUGGUCUUCAACAGCCUCAGCACAUACAGCUUCAGGUGGUACAGAUGGCCCCGGCCACUUCACCUCACCAGUCUCAGCAGUCCACUGUGGAUGUUGGCCAGCUCCAUGACCCUCAGACAUACACCCAGCAUGCCAUCCAGGUGCAGCACAUCCAGGUCACUGAGCCUACUACCUCGGCUCCAUCAUCCCAGGUAGCUGGGCAGCCAUUGAGUCCCUCUGCCCAGCAGUCUCAACAGGGGCUCAGCCCCUCCCACAUACAAGGCAGUUCCUCAGGCCAAGGUCAAUCACUUCAACAGCAGCAGCAACAGCAACAAAAUUCAUCUGUACAACACACAUACCUACCCAAUGCUUGGAAUUCCUUCCGUGGUUAUUCAUCUGAGAUCCAAAUGAUGACCCUUCCCCCUGGUCAGUUUGUGAUUACAGAUAGUGGUGUAGCAGCUCCUGUCACCACUGGGCAGAUAAAGGCGGUUACUCCGGGUCAUUAUGUGUUAUCAGAAAGUCAACCAGAAUUGGAAGAAAAGCAAACUUCUGCCCUUUCCAGUGGAGUCCAGGUUCAGCCAUCUGUACACAAUGAGUCUUUGGACCCCCAGACAACCAGCCAACAACAGACCACGCAGUAUAUCAUCACAACCACCACCAAUGGGAAUGGAAGCAGUGAAGUGCACAUCACUAAACCAUAA